UUCGAAGGGUUGUAUUCCCCCGGUCUUGGUCAAAGUCGCUAUCGUCCCCGGUAUCGGUCGUCGGUUGUUGUUGGCCAUUUGGCUUGUCACAAGAAAGGAUACAUGAACUGUAGCAUCCAGCAGGCAGCAGCGGGAGUGCCAGGAUUUUAAAGAAGGAUAAAAAAGCGUGCCCUCUCUGGCAAACUCUGACAGGAAGUACAGCCGAAGCGUAAAGGCGUGGAAACCGGAACAACUGUGCGAAACUGUCAUCGCCUGUCUGCGGGCCGUCUACUGCUUCGCCCCAAAUAUCGUUGGUGGUUCUGAAGCCUCGUGGAGUGGAACUGCUUCUUGGCAGUCGAUUUUGUCGGCUGACUUUUUUGGUGGAGCACGUGAAAGCUUUCUGCGGAACAGACCCCCUUUUAGGUGGUGGGGUUGAAUAUUCAUGACCCCCCGAAUGCAUGCCGAGCACGCAGGUGAAUGUGUACAUGGCGACCGUCAAUUUGAACGGUGCGGUAAAUUUUGACCGAGAACCUGUCGCCGAGUGAUGAAAAUAUCAGUGUGAUGAUUAAAGUGUUGGUGGAUGGCGCAAGUUGGUUGAUGAUGAUGUUGGUGGGAUUCGCGUUUUGCGGGGCUACUACUGACGAUGGAUUAAUGCUUAAAAGCUUGACCACCACUUGAUGCGCGUUCGUCAUCAUCGCUUUGGGAUGCUGAGUGAGUUUGAUCAGCAAGCAGCAGUAGCCGCGAGCAAUUUUGGUUUUGGAUGCAGUGAAAUAUUGGAACUGAACGAACAUAAGCUGGUGUGGUUUUGUGCGAUAAAUGACGCACAGCAUCGUUUUAAGAUUAUAUGCGCGGCAGCCUGCAAUUAGUGAGCGACGAUUGUCAACGAGUGUCCUCAUUCAUUGAGGAUUCCAUCAAUGUGGUCCCAACUGUUCGUUGAGUGUGAAGAGUGAUUGUGAAAAGUGCGCGAUAAAAAGUGGCGAAAAGAUAGGUUUAUAAAACUAAAGAACCAUUGAAAAAAAAAACAAGAAAAAUGAGCCGCAACCAUCGAUGGAUUACCGAAAUUGGCAGUAGCGGGAGCACCAUCUGGUGGCGACUUCUAGCACUUUUGCAGCUGCAUCUACUGGCUUUGGUGCAGCCCACUCAUGGAUACUUUGACCUGUUUCUGAACCACUCAGAAGUAAUAAAAUUAAUGGGAAUUGAGGCGGAUCUGUUCUACGUGCGCGAUGGAGCCAUUAACGACUACGCCAUCAGCUUCGUGGUCCCGAUGAAGACCGGCAUCGACGAGCUGCAGUUUUCCUGGCAGAGCCGGACGGCAUAUCCGCUGCCCUACACGAUAUCGGUUCACUACGACGACCUGGAGGGAGCGCUGCAACAUCCGGAGCUGAACAUCCCGAGCAGUGGCAUCAUCCCCCGGACGGUUGAAUCCUUCUCGGUCCAUUUGCUCUGUUCCGGAAAUGUGUCCAAGGAGGUGCCAGUCGGGAUUCACCUGCACGUCGAGGGCCCACCGAAGCACAACGACACCAAAUUGAUUAUCCGGAGGAAUAAAAUUUGCAUCAAAGGUAUCUUCCCACCGCGGCAUCGACUCCCGGCAGCGGAAAUUGCACCCCCACAAGGCCCGGCCCUGCUCGGUGCCGCCGCCUGUGCCCUCGGAUUGGUCCUCGUCGUCGGGCUCAUCGCCAGUGCCAUGUACGUGCGGGCCCGGAAGCAGAUCCGGCAGGAUUCACUCCACACCAGCUUCACCACAGCUGCAUAUGGCAGCCAUCAGAAUGUGUUCAUCCGGUUGGAUCCCCUGGGGCGACCUCCGAGUGCCAACAGUGGCUCCUACGCCACCAUCGCCAGCCUCAGCAAAUAUCCCAUUAGCGAGUCGAAAAAAUCAUGGUUCCGGAACACACCCUCGCCAUCGCCCUACGCAACGGCACUGCUUCCGCUAAACCAUGGCCAUAGCAACACCGGCCUAGCCACUACCGAGUCGGUGUACGCCAAACCGGAAUCGGUUUGUCCCUCCCGGGUGUCCUAUUACGCUUCGUCGCAACUCACUCAGGUGUACAGCCUAUCGACGCCGGCCCGAAGUAUCCACAGCAACGGAUCCAAUCCGAAAGACAAGCUGAGGCGAAUUGCCGUCUCACCGGAUACCAUCCACUGUCAGCAGCUGGUUCAAGAGGGCACCUAUGGCCGGAUCUUCUACGGGGUGCUGCAUCAUCCGCUCGGUGAAACCCGGGAUGUCCUCAUCAAAACCGUCGUCGACGGAGCCUCGCUAAGUCAGGUGGCCUAUCUGCUGUCCGAAGGAUCGACCCUCUGCGGAGUGUCCCAUCCGAACAUCCUUUUUCCGGUGGCAGCUGUCACCGAGCUAUCGGGACCGCCGAAAGUGGCCUACCCGUUGGCCGCGAAAGGAAACCUCAAACUAUACCUCCAGAGCUGCCGUGAUAUUGGCAUGCAAAGUUCGGGAAUGUCCCUCAGCACCCGGCAGCUGGUGGAAUUUGGCCUGCAAGUGGCCCGGGGGAUUUCGCAUCUCCACUCUUUGGGGGUCCUGCACAAGGAUAUCGCCACCCGGAACUGUGUGCUCGAUUCGGAGCAAAACGUACGAAUCUGUGAUAACGCACUGUCGCGUGAUGUGUUCCCGAACGAGUAUCACUGUUUGGGCGACAACGAGAAUCGGCCGAUCAAGUGGUUGGCGCUCGAGACGCUGGAGAAGAAGUUCUACACGGCCUCGAGUGAUAUCUGGAGCCUGGGGGUGCUGCUGUGGGAACUGUCCACCCUGGGGGCGAUGCCAUUUGAGGAAGUGGACUCAUUUGAGCUGGCCGCUUAUCUCCGGGAUGGAUACCGGUUAGCACAGCCAGUCAACUGUCCGGACGAAUUCUACACGGUGAUGUCCUGCUGUUGGUUAGCGGACUACAAGCAGCGGCCCUCGUUUCCGCAGCUAAUUGCCUACCUGCACGAUUUCCACGAGGACCUGGGCAAGUACGUCUAGCGUGUCGAGCGCCGAUUUACGGACCCGUUUGAGCCGGGAAAAACAAAAACAACAUCUCCAGGGAAGGAAGCCCGGAUUUGGAACCGAAAUGAAGAACAUCGGGGCUGACGAACGAACCACGUUUAAUGAGCAAAUGGUAAAGUUUUUCCUGGAAUGGCCACGGAUUUGGGAAGUUUCCCAUAUCCCACAACUACUUAACCGAUGGACUAACGUUUGUUGUUACCUACUUUUUUUUGCUCUUUCCAAAGGACCCGGAACUGUUGCUUGUGGUGCUUUUUUGACGAACUAGUCAGGCUGGAGCAAUAAACUGAAUAUGUACACUUCAGGCAGAAGCGUGAGGCGAAAGACGAUAGGGAAUCACGAAAUCAGAUUAGGGAAAGAAGUGCAAUAAUUUAUGGAACAAACAAGGAUAGUUAAGCGAUGAGCGAGGAAACAGAGGCAAUUUAUUUUUCAAUUAACUUCUUUCAAGCUCUUAUUUUUUUUGCUAAGUCGGUUUUGAUUUCCAUCACUCAAUUGUUUACAAAAGUUCAUACAGCAAGGUCAGUCAUAAUUUUAAAUCAAAACAAAUGAUUUUGUUUCUACUUUCCUUAAUUCUAAAAUUUAGUAUCUGAAUUGCUUAUUAAUUUUCCACUGUUUGAUUCACAUGUCCGUUAUGUUACAAUUCAAUUACUUCCUUAUUGAAAGUUGAAUCUAGUCUAGAUAAAAUAGUAAAAAAUCCAUUAAAGUGAACCAAGAUUAUGUAUGAACGUUGUGAUUCCAGAGCUGUUCGAUCCGGUGUAAUCUGUCGUGUUAAGUCAAACAUUACCGAAAAAGUAGAUUAAGAAAGUAAUCUAGAAUCAAAUGUUGUUAUCAAACUAGUUCGUAAGCGUAAAGUAUAAAGUUAAUCCAAAUCGAGCGUUUUAGUAGGAUUACGAAUAGAUAGAUAGAGUUAGUAGAGCAAAGCGGAGUUGGAAGGAAAUGAUUCUAAAACAACAAAAAAAUCACCCAAAACAAAACAAAAACAAACUAACAAACAAACAGAAUUCUCCCAGGAAAAAUUUGACGGAGAAAAGUUCAAAAGUGUACACACCAAAACAACAACAACAAAACCAAACCGGAAAAUAUCCAGAACAGAUUUAUAUUGGUAUUUAGAUAUAUUUUUGUUACACAGAAUUUUUAUAAGGCGAUUAGCGGCGAAAACAGUAGCAGCUAGCGGAAAGCGACGAGAAGAACAAGAAGAAGAAAAAAACAAAACCAGUGCUGCGGUGCAUUGUUAGAGAAAAUUAUUUUACGGAUAGUAGUUAAAAGGCGGAACGGAACCCGCAAAACAGCUUCGAAUUUGACGCUGAGAGUGGAAGAGAUGGCACAAACAAAGAAUCGGCGGAACCAUCCGGGGAAAACG